AUGGAAAAGGAGUAUAUAAGUUCUGACACAAAAUGUCAAGUUGAUGAGAAUGAAGAUGUACAACAAGAGUGGUUCACACCAGAGUUCCUAAAUGACAUAAAAUGUUCGGGAUUACCCAACCACAAGUUGACUUUGAAGCUAGGAGUCGCUGUAAUGCUACUGCGAAACAUAGACCAGACUUCAGGUUUAUGCAACGGGACAAUGUUAAUAGUUAACGAAAUUGACAACAAUGUAAUUGGAGCGACGAUAGUAAUCGCGUGCUUUGCAAUGACCAUCAACAAGAGUCAAUGUCAGUCAUUAUCACAUGUAGGGCUUUACUUGCUAAAAUUAGUGUUCACCCAUGGACAACUUUACGCUGCUUUGUCAAGAGUUAAGAAUCGCAGCGGUUUCAAGGUUCUAAUUCUGGACGAAGACGGUAAUCCAAAAUCAUUAACAACAAAUGUCGUGUUCAAAGAAGUUUUUAAUAAUAUUUAG